UGGCGUUCUUGUGUCUCGCAGGAUGCUCCGCCGGCGACGGCCGCCAAGCCAAGAUCGCCGCGUUGCUGGCAAUGGUGAGCUCUCCAAAUCCAUGGCAGCAGGAGCUAGCGAUGGCGGCAGCUCCUCUUUUGCUACUGAGAUCCUGGCUUUGUUCCUUGUCGCCGGCUUCUACUUUGCGCUUGUGUGGAUUGCUUCCCGGUGUGUUCACGAGGGCUACUUAGCUCCACUCCCGAGAAGCGCUCCUCUGGACAAGUUCUCGGAGCAAAGAGCGAUGGAUCACGUCUGGGAAUUGGCUCACGAAAUUGGAGGCCGUCAAGAAGGAACUGAAGGGUUGGCUCGAGCAGCAGAAUAUCUGAAAGCUGAAAUCACUGCCUUGAAGGACAGGUCCAAAUCUGUCAGGCUUGAACUGGAUGAAUCACUUGUUAGUGGAUCCUUUAGCAUGCAUUUUCUGAGGCACAACGUUGCGCUCUCGUAUAGAAAUCAUACGAAUGUUGCUGUGAGAGUUUCAGCACACAAUGCUACCGACGAUCAAGCCAGUGUUUUGGUGAACGGCCAUUUCGACUCUCCCUUGGGAUCACCCGGUGCUGGAGACUGUGCCUCGUGCGUUGCGUCCAUGCUGGAAGUUCUACGCUACAUUGUUGAUUCCGGCUGGGUACCUCCAUCGCCAAUCAUCUUUCUGUUCAAUGGAGCCGAAGAAGUUUUCCUUCUGGCCUCUCAUGGUUUCAUUACGACUCAUAAAUGGCGAUCAACUGUUGGAGCUGUGAUCAAUGUCGAGGCUACUGGGGCGAGUGGACCUGACUUGGUGGUUCAAUCUGGCCCAGAAACUUGGCCAACUCGUGUGUACGCGGAGUCAGCAGUUGUUCCUGGAGCGAACAGCGUCGCUCAGGAUGUUUUUCCUCUCGUACCUGGUGAUACGGACUACCGCAUUUUCUCACAAGAUUUUGCCGACAUUCCAGGAAUGGACAUAGUUUUCCUUCUCAAUGGUUAUGUGUACCAUACAGCGUAUGAUCGUCCGGAAAUUAUUGCAUCUGGGUCCAUCCAGACACGAGGAGAGAACCUUAUUGAGCUGCUCAAAGGUUUCACAAGCGCUCCAGAGCUUAAGACUGCUGAUCAACGAGCUCAAGCCGGUGGAUCAAAUACUGACCGUCAUGUUUAUUUUGAUAUUCUCGGCAAGUUUAUGGUCCAUUACUCUCGCAAAACGGCACAAGUCUUGCAUUACCUUCCUCUCCUCAUUGUACUUGCAGUGCCAUAUUUCUUUAGCGAUGACCUGAAAACCUCUUAUUCAGCCAUUUUUGAUGGUGCGGUUCGCCAUGGAUUAGGAUGUGUUCUGGCAGUUCUUUUUCCCGUGAUGCUAGCAGCAGCGAGACUAAUUUUGUCAGCAACGGCAAUGGCAUGGUUUGCUAAUCCACUGAUAGCAGUGGCGACCUUCGUACCAGUUUCAGUCGCGGGUUUGCUACUGCCUCGCGUUUUAUCUUCCAGGCCACACUCCACUCAGGAGAAAAUUGUUGCGUCUCACUGGGGAGCCACGGGUUUAUAUGGUCUAGAGGCUGCUGUCUUGAUACUUUCUGGUGCAAUGAGCAGCUAUUUUCCAUGCUGGUGGGCGUUAUUUAUGAUUCCAGCUAUCCACGUUUUGCAGCUUUUACAGAAGAGAUUUGGUCAGCAUUCUUUGCGAUCAUUGCUCGGGUACAUUCUUCCGGGCUUGCUUCCAUCGGCUUACACCAUUUUCUUUGUCGUUGUUUUCGUCGAAUUUAUUGUGGAAAAACUGGGAAUGGUUGGAGCUCAUCCGGAUCCUUUUGGUUUCUUUGUGGCGGACGUCGUCAUCGCAUUCAUAAUGGGCUUAGCUGUUGUGGUGUCUGUGGGUCAUAUUAUACCCGGUUUAGCGCACAUACUUGCUAAACCCCGGAUCAUCUGGUUGCUGCUCGCAAUUUCCGUGGGAGUUUCAGUUGGAACGUCGGGUACAUUUCCUUACAGCACUUUAGCUCCAAAGCGCAUCAUACUUCAACAUAGUUUUAGAACAUCAGGGGAUUCAAUCAUCGAAGCAAGUCACGACUUUGCAACUGUGGAUCCAAAUCCAAUGACUUUUGUUUUCAAGCAUGCACCACUUGUACGCGAGAGUCUGGCCACGGAGCCGACGCUCUCGCAACAUUCUGGUGCAAAUACUUUCCUGGCUCUAUAUCCCAUAUCCUUGAUGCUCUCUCGCAGCUUUCAAGUUCCAACACUCGCUGGGCCUCCAUAUCCACAGGCCUCUCUUCCAAAACUUCUCCUGACGGAGUCGAUACCCGGGACUCUGGGGACUCGACGUUUGUUCUUUGAGCUCGACUUGGGAUCACUGCAAGAAGUCUGGGGCGCUGCGAUUAACGUCACUGGCCCGUUACUGAACUGGUCACUCUCGAACCAAAGCUUGCCUGGCUCUGAGAUCGUAAAUGGCGGUCCCCCAUCCUACGUAUGUCGAUUCAGCGGCAAGAGCAGCGAGACCUGGAAAUUCUGGAUGGACGCGAAAACCUCCCCUCCUCUCCGGAUCGAAUUGGGAGUUUUGGAUCAAAAACUAGACGAGACAACGAUCGUCUUGAUGCAAAAAUUCCCGCUGUGGGCCGCUGUCGUUGCGGGUACCACAUACCUUUCGUCCUACGAAUUUUGAGCCAACUCUUCUGGAAACUCUAGUGUGGGUAGAACACGAACACUCGACACUGUAUAGAACAGGCCCGCGAAUAUACUAAACAAUAGGAAAAACAAAGAAAACGUUAAAAGAGCGCA